AAAGAGUUCUAGCAUCUCUAGCGGCCGUAUAUUUUAGUUGUCAAAGUUUGCAAGCUUCCCAUACACAUAAUCGAAAAUGGCUACACCACUUCAUGUAGCGAUGCUUCCAUGGUCGGCGUUCGGCCACCUGAUGCCAUUCUUUCAACUCUCCAUAGCCUUAGCCAAAUCUGGAGUUAAAGUCUCCUUCAUAUCAACCCCAAAAAUCAUCCAAAGACUCCCCAAACCUCCUCCAAAUUUGGCGACCCUUAUCAAUCUUGUGGAGUUUCCAUUACCAGCCUUUAUUGGUAACGAACUUUUGCCUGAAGGAGCCGAGGCAACAGUGGACCUUCCCUCUUUUGAUAAAAUUCAGUACUUAAAGAUUGCUUACGAUCUCCUUCAACAUCCUUUCAAGCAGUUUGUAGCUGAGCAGUCCCCAGACUGGAUUUUCUGUGAUGUUUUAACUCACUGGGCGGUCAAGAUUGCUCAAGAAUAUGAAGUCCCUCUCUUGCAUUUCUCUGUUUUCUCAGCAUCCAUGUAUGCUUUUUUGGGACCGGAUUUGUUGGUUGAUAACAAAACAAAAAUCAGGCAAUCCCCGGAGAGUCUAACCGUAGUGCCAGAGUGGGUUAAAUUUUCAUCUUGGUUAGCUUUGCGGAUUUUUGAGGCAAGUGGCGCUUUUGAUGGUCUUUACGGAUUGAAUGCAUCAGGGAUAUCAGAUAUAGACAGGGCUGCCAACGUGCUCUAUGGGUGUCAAGCUAUAGCUAUACGUAGCUGUCCGGAAUAUGAAGGUGAGUACUUGAAUUUAUUUGAAAAAAUAAUCGGAAAACCGGUGAUUCCUGUUGGUUUACUCACGCCAGAAAACGUAAAUGGAAGAGAUCAAAUUACUGAUGAGAGAUGGAAGAAGAUAUUUCAAUGGCUUGAUGAGCAAAAACCAAAAUCAGUUGUUUUUGUAGGAUUUGGAAGUGAGUGUAAGCUUACAAGGGAUCAAGUUUAUGAGAUGGCAUAUGGACUUGAGUUAUCCGGAUUGCCAUUCUUGUGGGCACUGAGGAAACCUGAGUGGGCAAGUGAUGAUCUUGAUGCUCUGCCUCCAGGUUUCGGUGACAGAGUUCACGGCAAAGGGAUGAUCUGCAUAGGUUGGGCGCCACAGUUAGAAAUUUUAGGACAUUCAUCAAUUGGCGGAUCAUUGUUUCAUGCUGGGUGGGGAUCAAUCAUAGAGACUUUGCAAUUCGGGCAUUGUCUUGUUGUGUUACCAUUCAUAAUUGAUCAACCUUUAAAUGCAAGGGUACUGGUUGAAAAGGGUCUUGCUGUAGAAGUGGAAAGAAGUGAAGAUGGAUCGUUUAGCAGGAAUGAAAUAGCCAAGGCUCUGACACAAGCCAUGGUGUCUGAGGAAGGAGAGAAAUUAAGAGUGAAAGCUAGAAAAGCUACAAUGAAUUUCAAUAAUAAGAAAUUGCAGGAAGAUUACUUUGUUAGAUUUGUUGAGUACCUGAAGACUAAUGCGGUCAAGAAACAAGAGUGACUACUAUUCACGUGAAAAAAUAAAAGCCCUGGGGUUUAUGAUUGUUGAGUUUUGUCUGAUUGGGCACUGACGAUAUAUUUACUCGGCUAAACAACCCAGCAAACGUAUUUAUUUCUAUUUUUAUGUCUAAGUCUCCAGUCUUGACUAUGUUAUGCCUGCCAUUUCUCCUCAGUGUGUUUUGUAUUCGUGGGAAUGUUGUAUUAUCGAAAAUAUUAAAUUAAAUUGGUGAGUUUAUUAUA